UAGGCCGUCCAGCUCAACCUCUGAGACAUCAGACAUCAUGUCUCUCCACACACUGGUACUUCUGCUGCUCCUGGUCUCCAUCACCUCAGCGAGCCACUUCUGGGGAGGCACAAUCUCAUUCACCCCUAAAGGAAGGAACCCAGAUGGAUCAUACAGGGUGGAUUUCCGCUACAAGCACACUUUUGAUAGUUGCUAUUCUUCUACGUACUGGAGCAACUGUAGAAGUGGAAAUUGUGGAUUUCAGACAAAUCUGGAACAAGGAAUAAUAGAUCAGAGUAAUGGAAGAUAUCCAUCCCAAUACAAUUGGUGUCAAAAGGAAGGAGUUAUGACAAGAAGCCUUUCGAGUGAUAAGCCUUUUCAGCUGACUGCACGUAGUUGUUGUUGGAUCUCCCUGAGAAAUGGUAUUGGAUGGUGGGAUCUUCCAAUCUUGGUAGAUCUUGGAGUUCGAUCUGACACGACUGAACCGAACCGUUCUCCACAUGCAACCAUGAUAUCAUUUGUCCGUGUGCCACGGAACUGUCCACGUGCAUAUAACUUCAUAGGUUGUGAUCCAGAUGGUGAUCAGUUCAGAUGUGGAACCAAUAGGAAUCUACCCUCAGGCUUUUACCUUGAUCAAAAUACUUGCAAUCUACACCAUACCUACAGUAGCAGCACUGGCUACUAUGGUUUUGAGCUGUAUGUUGAGGACUUCCCAAAUCAGCACAUCAGUCUCACCUACAGCGACGGAACAACAUCUUUUAGGGGUCCACUCCAUGCAGCGCGCAAACGGCGUUCCAAUUGGUGGGGGGGUUACUCUACUAGCACACCCCUCUCAACCAACCAAUACACUCCUUGGCCAGCAGCCAGCAGCACACCCUCUACUACUACAACCACGACUACGACUAACCCAACAACUCCAUGGUGGUGGUGGUACCAAACUCAAAGAAUCACACCUGCUCCAACUGCUGCAGCCAACCCAACAACUCCAUGGUGGUGGUGGUACCAAACUCAAAGUUCUACAGCUGCUCCAACUACUGCAGCCAACCCAACAACUCCAUGGUGGUGGUGGUACCAAACUCAAAGAAUCACAGCUGCUCCAACUGCUGCAGCCAAUCCAACAACUCCAUGGUGGUGGUGGUACCAAACUCAAAGAAUCACAGCUGCUCCAACUGCUGCAGCCAAUCCAACAACUCCAUGGUGGUGGUGGUACCAAACUCAAAGUUCCACAGCUGCUCCAACUACUGCAGCCAACCCAACAACUCCAUGGUGGUGGUGGUACCAAACUCAAAGUUCCACAGCUGCUCCAACUACUGCAGCCAACCCAACAACUCCAUGGUGGUGGUGGUACCAAACUCAAAGAAUCACAGCUGCUCCAACUCCAAGACCUACAACUACGACUACGACUACAAGUACUACGACUAGCCUCCCAGCAACGACUACCCCUUGGUCACAUUAUGGCACUCCAUUGAGUCGACUUCCACUACAAUUUGUUGUCUACGUUGAUAACACAGUUCCAUCCUGCAAUGAGGGAGAGUACUUGCCCAAGUUCUUGCAUCCCACUCCAAACAACAGAGAGCGACUUCAUGCUGCCAUCAACCGGGAGCUAGAAAUCAGAAUAAAUGCGACAGCUUUUUUCUCAGUGGUCCGUGAUCUCAUUAUAAGUGGCCCUCUAAACAUCACAAAGGACAGAACCACCUCUGGGGAAUUUGUCCUGAGAUGGACACCCAGGACUGAUGACCUUGGCCAGCAUUUUCCCAUCUGUUUUAUUGCUGAGAGCAGAUUGGGUGGCAACUUCUACCAGUCUGAGAUGAGAUGUGUCGUUGUUGAGGUUGAACAUCAUCAAUUUGCUCCUGAAGCCAAUGUGAUUUGUACUGAGAAUUUCAUGGCUAUUGAGCUGGAAACAUCAAUAUCAGAGAGCAUCCAGCUACAUGUGGAUCACUUGCGCCUCAAUGACCCAUCUUGCACUCUCUACUCCAAUGGCACCCAUGUCUUUGCCAACAUGUCCCUUAACACAUGUGGUACUACAGUGGAGGAAGAUCAAGACAGUCUCUUCUUCAAGAAUGAAAUUGUGUCAUUUGAUAACCAAAACGAUGUCAUAACCAGAAUCAACCAGGUGGAGUUUCAGUUCUUCUGCAAGUACCCUAAGAGAAGCAGUGUGACCCUAGAGUUUGACACUCACAGAGGCCCUUACGUAUUCAUGCAAAAAGGAUUCGGAACGUUCAGUUAUCAGUUUGAGUUCUUCCACUCAAGUCAGUUCCAAUAUCGGAAGAACCCCAACUCCUAUCCCCUGGAGUACGGCCUUGGUGAGAUGAUGUACAUGCAGAUUGAAGGCAUGUCUUCAGUCAACAACACUGAGCUCUUUGUGGAGUCUUGCAAGGCCAGUCCCAGUGAUGACCCUCAGGCCCAUACUUCCUAUACCAUCAUUGAAAAUGGAUGCAAGAAAGAUGAAACUGUGAAGUUCUACUCAAACCAUGACAAUAAAGUCAAGUUUGGAAUGAAGGCAUUUAAAUUCAUCGGAUGGCAUGACCAGGUUUUCAUCACCUGUUCGGUGAUACUGUGUGAGGCUGGAAACCCCAACACCAGGUGUUCUCAAGGCUGCACCAAUGCCACUGCCUCACCUGCAGUGCAUCACCAUCACAGGAGAGAGGCUCCCAUUCAGACCACCAGUCACUACAUUUCCCAGGGUCCCGUGCGGCUCGGCAGGAGCGCAGACACCAGAGAUGCUCCAAGCACAGUGCUAAAUAAUGGUUUGAACAUGAAUCUGGUUUUCAUCGCUGGAUGCCUGCUGAUAGUUUCUGCCAUGCUGUGUGGUGCAGUGAUCUACACAAAGCGACCUAAGAUUGCGUAUAAGCCACUGCCAACCUCUGACUUUUAAGGCAGAUGUCUUACAUGCACAGGAUGUUGGUAUAGAAUAGAGUGUAGAGUUGUGUUCAAGCUAAACAUUUAGUUUCUAGCCAAGGUUGGGUUUACAGACUUUAUCACUAAUUAAACAGAUGAGGUACAUAGAUACAAUCGUGCCAAGUUCAAUUAUGCACAUAUAUCAUGUAAUGAUGAUUUCAUUUUAGGUGUUUUUGGGGGGUGUCUUCUUGGUUUCGGGUUGUAUACAUAAAAAUAAAGAUUACUUCCUCAUGAAUUAUAUGUGGCAGAAGAGGUAGAGGAGUCACUCGGCAACCAAAGGGUUGCAGGUUUGAGCCUGAUUCCUCCUGUCCCUAAGUGUCCUUGAGCAAGACACUGAACCCCAGUAAAACUUCCGGUCUGUAGGUUGGCACCUUGCUUGGCAGCCUCUGCCAUCGGUAUGUUUGUGUGAAUAGAUGAAUGAGGCAGAAAUUUGUAAAGCACUUUGAUACUCUCACGAGUAAAAACAAUUUUUACUUUUUUAUAUGUGUUGUACAUUUGUCAUUUUUUAUAUGCAAUAAAGCAAAUAGACCCAAA